CGUCUCGAAUGGCUUACAUAGAUUCAUAGAUUGCCUUCUCUAGAUACAUGGGGUGUAUCUGAGUAUCUGCUAAAUCAUAUUGCAUCUAAAUAUAGGCAUUCAUAAUAUUCAUCAAUUCUGAUGUGGAGGCCGUCAAAAUGUUCACUGUUACUAUCUCAUACUUGUAUUUUGAAGUGUAUCUGGCAGUCAUUAUAGUUGUAACAAGAUAACCACUUGUUGUUUGACUUGAAGAUAAUUAUGUAAUAUCUGAGGGAAAUUUUACAUAAGAAUACAUCAUAGUGGUCUGAUCAAAUUCCAUACAUUAAUUCAGAAAGUUCGAAUUAAUCGAAGGGAUCUCUGCGCAUUUAUUAUUCAAGACCAAAAAUCCAUUUAAACUAGAUCUACAAGCCCUGAUGUCACUAACUUUGUGACACUCUGCCAGUUGACAAGCUGUCCCUGUCCAAAAGCAAUACCC